GGAAUGGACAGAAGAAGAAUACUUUUAUCUUUGUCCCUCAUGGUGUUCUCAUUCCUUCCUGCUUCAAACUUGCUCGUCACAGUGGGAUUUGUGGUCGCCGAAAGGAUACUUUAUAUUCCAAGUUUAGGAUUCUGCUUACUGGUGAGCCACGGUUUACAACGACUGAUGCAACGAGGACCUCUGAUUGCCUGGCUCUGCCGCGCCGGCGCACUACUUCUCAUCCUGCUUUUUCUGCUGAAAACUAUGGCAAGGAACAACGUUUGGACUUCACGUGAGGCACUUUUCAUGUCUGGUUUGGAGUCGGCACCCAACAAUGCAAAAGUUCACUACAAUUACGCUAAUUACAAAAAGGACGUCGGCGAUAAAUUAAUGGCUAUUCAACAUUACAGAAUAGCACUCAAGUUAUGGCCAAGUCAUGCAAGUUCUCACAACAAUCUAGGCACUCUUUUGGAGGACGCGGAGGAAGCGGAGAAACAUUUUCGUCAGGCUCUCGCUAUCAAUCCUUGCCAUUCCAAAGCACAUUAUAACCUAGCAAGCAUAUACAGCAAGAGGGGUCAACCGGAAGUCGCCGAAAAGUUGCUUCUCCGAGCCAUUCACCUGGAUCCGGAAUUCGUCUCCGCCAUAUCCGCUCUGGCUUCCCUCUAUGGAGAGCAAGAUGGCAAAUCGGAGGAAGCCGAGAGACUCCACCUUUGGGCCAUAACUCUCGAUCCAGACAACGCCGAUGCUUUAAACAAUUACGGAACUUUCCUCGAAAAGUCCGGCCGUCCAUUCGAAGCGAUGACUCAGUACGAAAAAGCCAUGACGGCGCAACCGAAUCAUACAGUUGCCAUUCUCAACGCGGCAAGAUCUUUGAGGACCAUGGAACACAGCAGAAGAGCCGAAGAACUCUACAAGAGGGCUUUGGACAUUGAAGAAGACCCGCAAAUUAUGGACAACCUUGGCAUGCUGUAUUUUGCUUCCGAGAGAUAUGAAGAAGCGAGGAAAAUGUACCAGCAUCUUCUGCUACACUAUCCAGAACGUAACGACACCAAACUCCAUUACGCACAACUGCUGAUCCAAGAGAGAAGCUAUCAACAAGCGGAAACACUUUUACUCUCCAUCAGUCAGUCUAGCACAAAACGGGAGAGCCUGUUGCAUCUAGCGUCGCUGUACAAUCUCACGAACAGGACGGCUGAG